AUAACCAAGGACGAUUACCUGCCCAAGCACAUCUGUGAUGUGUGCCUCGACCGGUUGGAGCACCUGUUCGAAUGGCGUCAGAUUUGUCUGCGGAAUGAGCAUUUGCUGCGUGAUUAUGCUGCCUCUAUGCGCAACGUUCGUGCCACCAUUGACUUUCAGGACGGCGCCGUUAACAUGGACAAGAUGACGGUGGCGCAGAAGAACGCAUAUCUGGAGGCCCACAUGGCGGUGCAGCAGCAAAUGGCCCAGGCAGCUAUACAAUUCAAGCAGCAGCAACAGAACUCACCCACCGCCAACCAGAAUGGCAGCAUGCAACAGCAGCAGCAACAGCAGCAACAACAACAGCAACAACAACAGCAGCAGCAACAGCAACAACAACAGCAACAACAACAGCAGCAACAACAACAGCAACAACAACAGCAGCAGCAGCAACAACAGCAGCAGCAACAUUAUGCGGCCACCAUCAAAGUGCCACAGAUCAGUUCCUCCAGUUCGGCGGGUGGUGCGGCGGGUGGUGCAGCGGGUGAGAGCACUUUCACCGUGCCCGACGAUGGCAUGGGCUUCGAGGGGGGCGUGCGUGUCCUCCAAAGCCUUGGCACCUGGUCGGCGGCGGAGCAACUCACCUACAAUAUACCCAAACCGAAUCUGAUACCCUUCACCGAACCCUAUGUGGAGGGUGGCUCCAUGCAUCCAGCGAGUCGCCUCAAGGCACUGCAACAGGUGCAGCAGGCUUCGUCCGGCGUCCGCAAAACCAACCCCUCAAAGUCCACCAAUAAGGCAUUCGAGUGCACCGUGUGCGGCAAAGGACUGGCGCGCAAGGAUAAGCUAACGAUUCACAUGCGCAUCCACACCGGCGAGAAGCCCUAUAUUUGUGAAGUGUGCAACAAGGCGUUCGCUCGGCGGGACAAGCUGGUCAUCCAUAUGAACAAGUUCAAGCAUGUUACGCCGACAAAUAUAGCGCCGCUUGGGAAGCGCCUCAAUAAUAUGGUCAAGAAGAAGGAGCAACCCGAUCCGCCGCCAGAGGAUAACAAACAGAGUCUGGAGUUGCAGCUGCAGCAGCAGGCCGUCCAGGUUGCGGCGCAGAAUAUCAUUGUGCAAUCGGCGCAGGGGGCGCCGACAGCGAUACCGGGCAUCAUAAUACCGCACCAUCAGCAACAGUUGUCGUGGACGUGCGAGCUGUGCGGCAGGAUGUUCUCGAGCCGGGACGAGUGGUCCAUUCAUGCCAAGAGUCAUCUGGAGGAACGGUUAGUCGUAGAGUCCACAAAAACAGCAGCCGUCAUCGCUAAGAGCAACAGCAGCAACAGCAACAGCAGCAACAAUCGCGGCUAUCAAAUUGAUGCUAACCAAAAUCAAAUACUCAACAACAGCAACAGCCAGAAGAUAAUCAUACAAAAUCAGAUGAUACUCAAUGCCAGCCAUCAACAGCAGCAGCCACAGCAACAGCAACAUGUUGCUGGCGGCAAGAAAGCAGCCAGAAAGCACCACCAACAACAACAACAACAACAACAGCAGCAGCAGCAACAGCAACAGACCAGCGCGCCUAUGUACAAUAAUAAUAAUAACAGCAACAACAACAGCGGCACUCAUCAGGGACACGAAGUGUCCGUGCCCGUAUCGCACAUCAUUGCCAAUUCCCCGACAGCAGCUAGUUAUAUGCAGGCACAGCUCAGCGCUGGAUUGCAUGCGGGCAACAUAAAUGUUGCUGGUAUCGAUGCUGCCGGCGGCGGCGGCAACACGAUGCCCAUUGUCACCUACAAUGGCAAUCAGUAUUGUGUAAUCACCCGAGCACCAGAUUCGACGGAUGCAAUGCAAAAGCCACUCGACUAUGGACAGACAGCAACAGCCAACAUUAUUGUCAUGUCGCCAAUGCUGCCCCCGCAACAACAACAUCAACAGCAGCAGCAGCAGCAGCAGUAACAACAGCAAUAAGUGCACAAUGUUGCAGGUGGAUAAAGUUGCAACUCAUAAUUGGCAUUUGGAGUUUCGCGGAGAAAGGCCAAGUUGGGCCAAAAUGGACGAAAAUUGUGUCGCCUCAGGAUGCGUCUGACUACUUUGCAAGCAGCUAUAAAUACAAAUUGUAAAUAAAGUUUUAAAAAAACUAAAAACAAAAAAAUAUAUUUAUUACUUAAUUUAAGAGUACUCACUUAAGUGUAUGUUUAACGGUAUGAGAUAAAAGUGAAGAGCAGAGAAGUUUUCAAA